GGGGAAGCCUCUGGCGGUACUUUCAGUACUUUCAGUUCGCCGAGUUUGCUGUAUUUCCACUGGCUUUCGGUCUGGCUUUCGGUCAAGACGAUCGAAUACAUAGUAGUUGAUAUAUUGAACGUUGAACGUUUGAAUGCCCACUGCUUGCACUGAUCAUCACAAAGUUCCAAACGGAAUUCAAAGUGUUGCGUCAAUGCCACCUCUAAACAUCGUGGACUGUCAUCCUACCAGCUCUGGACCGUUGUCCUACCACUCACCACUCCCACAUCCGCUCGCACGUCCCUCUCGCUCAAUGCCACCUCUAAACAUCGUGGACUGUUGUCCUACCAGCUCUGGACCGUCGUCCUUGUCGUCCUACCACUCACCACUCCCACAUCCGCUCGCACAUCCCUCUCACCGCUCGCACUCACCUCACACAUCCGCUCGCACUCAACCAUGGUGCAUUGUUCAAUGUGUCACCCGCCUUCGGAUUUUUGAUGCGGCGCACUUCACAGCGGCGACCCGCAUGGCCUUGGUAAUGUUUUCUGCCUGCUUGAAGGUGCUCGUGUGUUUGUACAUGUCUCGGAUCAUGCCUGGCUGGAAGCCUGAGCGGUUUGCAAGUCUCACCACUUUCUCUUCGAAGCUGAACUGCGUGAACUGUGCGAUAUCCACAGUGUGGAUUUGAGGGUCUAUGUGAGGAAUCCUGGUGUUGGCCUCCAAGCUGCUGUUGAUGGUGACAGCUUUCUCGGUAUCUUCGAUCUUGCUUGUCUGGCCAGCGCCAGCACCCGUUUUCGAGGAAGUAUGCAAGUGUGGGGUCAUUGAGUAUAUUACUGUGUACUAGCUCUCAUUAGCUUGAAUUUGCUUCCCUGAAUGGACGAUA